ACAAGUACCAAACUUUCUUUCCCCUUCAGUUAACUGUUCUAAAUUCUCCAUUUCCAAACCUAAACUUCUUUCGUUGCUGCCAAAUAUGAGUAUUACCCAGCAAAUGACCCAAACACUUCAAACCUCACUUUCGAUACCUAAGUUCUUGCAGUCCGACGAUGGUGCGAUAAUUAGCAAGGUUGAAGGAACCCACAAACCUGAUGGCCGCCAAGUUGAUGUUGAAAACUUAUCCACCAUUAUUACCAAAAUCUUGCUUCCUGACAAUCCUAGCGGAAGUGGUACUGGUGUCACAAGUGGAUCACCUAUAGUGUUGGAAAUACCGGCUCAAACCAUAAACAAGCUCUGUUGCGAGGGAAUAUCGAUAGUGCAUGAAGAACCUGCUCAAAUCAUAAACAAGCUCUCUUGCAAGAUAUCAUGCAAUUGCCCAGGUGAAAAUGCUCAAGAAACAACUAUAAUGUUACUUGAAAAGUUACUUUCAAACUAUUCUUGGGAUGCAAAGCUAAUGAUAGCAGUUGCUGCAUUUGCUGUUAAUUAUGGAGAAUUUUAUAUGCUUACUGAGUUUUACAGCAAAAAUCAAGUUUCCAAGAAUCUAGCUCUGCUCAAGCAACUACAAGGCGUAAUGGAAGAUAAUGACUUUUUGGAACAAUUUUCUGAAGCAAUUAUUGAACUUAACAAGGCUAUAAUUGUUUUAAUUCAAUCUGUUCUUCAGUUCAAUACUUUACCUUCUGAGUAUGUUGCAAGUAACAAACCACCAUUUUCAACUGCCACAACCGAUAUUACCAGAGCUAUCUACUGGACAAUUUAUAGUGUUGUGACUUGUGCUUCUCAUAUUGUUGGCCUCAUUGGAUUGAAAAAUCAGCGUACCGUUGCAGUAAUGACAUGGGAACUGUUAGAAUUGGCUACUAAAGUUAGCAGCAUACAGACAAUCCUGCAAAGUCAUUUCUGUCGUAUCAAACAAGAAAUUGAGGCUUACAAUGUGCUGGUCAACCUUUUUCACUCUGUCCAAGACAUUACAAUAAUCUUCCAGGCCUUAUUUCUUAUCGAGGGCAGAAAGCUUUCCCUUGUCAAAGGCACCACUAAGCAAAAGUUUGAAAUUGAGGUAUUGAGGGAUGCAAACGUUUUGUUGCUGAUUUCUGGACUUGAUGCAUGGGAAAUAGAGAUUAAAGCUCUUGAUAAACUGUUCGAACAACUCCAGAGAAAGCAUAAUAUUCAGUAUCAACUAGUUUGGAUUCCAAUUGUGGAGGGGCAAUUCAACGAACAAAAAUUCUUGUCUUUGCAAUCCCUGAUGCCAUGGUAUACUGUAAAGCACCCUUCACUUGUCAAACCAGAGGUUAUUAGAUACAUCAAGGAAGUAUGGAAGUUCUCAAAAUCGGCAAUUUUGGUGCCGGUUGAUCAAAAGGGCCGUGCAGAAUCUGUUUAUACUCUUGACUUGCUUUGGCUAAAAGGAUAUUUGCCUGGUCUGCUCCGAUCAUCACUUGAGAAGGAGAUAUCGCUAUGGGAAGAGAAGCAGCUGACACUAGAUAUUCUUAUUCAUGAUCUUUAUCUAGUUGAUUCGACAAAACCUGCACCAAUUGUGUGCCUCUAUGGAGGAGAAGACAUGAAAUGGAUUGAGGAGUUCAUUGCAGCAAUAACUCGCGUUAAAGAGUUCACCGAGUUGAACAUAGAAUUAGUUUACGUGAGCAAGAGCAAUACAAUCGAUCAAGCCAACAAAGCCAUUUUCGAUUUCAUUGUUACAAACAAAAUUGGCGUGUAUUGGAAAGCAGAAGAAACAAAAAGUUGGCGAUUUUGGACUAGAUUGGAAAGCAUUUUCUCUUCAGGGCUAAAAAGCGGGAAAAAUGCAAAAGAAGACAACAUAAUGAAAGAUGUUAUAACUUUGCUUAACUUCAAUGGAAGCUGUAAAGGAUGGGCCAUAUUGGGUCAAUUAGGAUGUCAUCAGAAACUGGCUAAAGCAACAGGCGAAGUAAUUCUGCAUGUUUUGUUAAAAAUAAACACAUGGUGGAAACUUGGAACGAGUAGCGACUCGUUUCUUGCAACGCUUAACAACCAAAUCGAACAACAACUUGAUAUCCAAGCACAGCAUUUUUGCUACAAAACACACCAUUGCAACCACAUUGUCCUGCCGGCGACAAUUCUUGAGGUCCAGGAUGAGAUGAUGACAUGUGCAACGUGUGGCCGGAGAAUGCACAAGUACCUGACGUAUCAGUGUUGCGUGUAGUAAGCCUGCUCUGUGCAAUAUCUGCCUGAGGUUCGUUGUCAGAAUAAUUUUGUUGUGCGACUUGUGUUUGUUUUCGUUCGUUAAUGCAAUGUCUAGUCUAGCUAGUGCUAGACCGUGUGCUCUUUUUUUUUUUUUUUUUU